CUCGUCUCGAGAGGAAAUAUUAGGCCUCACCACCAAGAAAGUUGCUAGUCUCAAAUCGAAACCCAACGGGUACACAAGCCAAUUAUUAGCACCAUGGCUCGAAGAAGACAGGAGACAUGGAGUUCACGAGAGCUGAAAAUAGCUUUAUUCCUCGCUCUCUGUGGACUCAGUUACGCUCGAGAAUUCAUUGACGGGGAUGCCUAUGUGAUCGAAGUUGACAAUGGAGAUGGGGACCUGGGUGGAUCCAAAAACCUUAAAGGUGGCUGGGCUGGGCUGGGUCAAGGGCAACUAAAUGGUGAACCAAAAGCUCGUCAUGCACGGCAGUUCCCGCUUCAAACACCGGGCUUACCCUUGUUCCAGCCUUUGCCAUCCCAGGCAUUUGCUUCUCCAGGGGUCAAUCAUCCCAAUGUUGCGCCAUUCCUGAGACAGACUUUGAGACAGCCUGGCGCCGUGCCGCCACUUCAAUCCCCCGAGUUGACCCCAUCUGGUCAAGAAGAUCUUGCGGCAGCUCUGCUCGGGAACCCCUGCGUGACUAACGAGGGCAAGAAUGGAACGUGUACCACAGUCAAGGGAUGCUACCCUUACUUCCGCUUGUUUGACUUUGGCCCAACGGAGACGGCCUCCUACGGCACCUACGACACUUGUGCUUAUGACACGGUCAAUGGAAAGCAGGUUUUUGGCAUCUGCUGUUCAGAGAAAGACAUCAAGCAAGACCUUUUGGAUCAAUUGGAAGAGUUGAAAAAUGAGGAGCCAUUUGAUCUGGAUGAAUUCCCUCUGGACGCUCAAAUCAACGAGAAUUGCGGCAAGCGGCCUGCUCUGAGCAAUCUGAUCAGAAUUGUCAACGGCCAAGAGGCUGCAACGAACGAGUUUCCUUUCAUGGUUGCACUCUUCAUGAAAGGUCGCCAGUUUUGUGGCGGUUCCCUUUUGGACAGAAAACACAUUCUUACUGCCGCCCAUUGCAUUGAGCACUUUGACGAGAUGGAUCUCAAGAGGAUGAGAGUGUAUCUCGGCGACCACGAUCUUCGAGUGCGUGGCGAAACCAUUGGCCCUGAGCAACAAAGUCGAGUAUCCACAAUUAUCAGACACAAGUCGUUCAAGACAUCCACUUUGCAUAAUGAUGUGGCUAUCUUAGUCCUGAAAGACGCCAUCACAUACUCAGACUCCGUUCAACCCAUUUGCUUGGAAGAGGAUACCAGUAAAUUGUUUGUUGGCGAGACAGUUCAAGUGGCGGGUUGGGGCAGCAUCUCCGAAAAAGGGUCGCAAUCGUCCCGGUUGAGAAAAGUGGAUGUCAAGGUGUGGCGAAAUGAUGAGUGCCGACAAAGUUACGGUUCAAACGCUCCCGGAGGCAUCACCAGUAGCAUGAUCUGUGCUGCCUCAAGAAAUAAAGAUUCCUGUAGUGGCGAUAGUGGUGGAGCUUUGUUCAAGUGUGAGAACGAUCGUUGUAGUCAAAUUGGGAUCGUCUCCUGGGGCAUUGGAUGUGCGCGGCAGCAAUAUCCCGGUGUCUAUACAAGAGUCACCGAAAUGAUUCCCUGGAUCCGAAGAAUCUUGUCCGAAUAUUAUGAGCUGAUGGCAUUUCUUUUCUCUUUCCUUCUAGCUGAUCCCAUUGGUUAUCAAUCCCAGAAGAGAUUUGCCCGCCAAUUGUAUUGGCCUUGGGCACAAGUCAACCCGUUCCCCUCGGGGGGAAGCAAUGCUUGCUUCAAAUCUUCUGGAGAGACCGGUCAAUGUGUGACAAUGAAGUCCUGCUUCCCUCUGCUUCAUUAUAAAGCUGAUAUGCCCAGCUGGAUGAUGGGUGAGAGGGACAACUGCUUGAUGACUGAGCCUUCCACUCGACAAUCAAUGGCUGGAAUAUGUUGUACAACACGGCAAUUUGGGGGUGGGGGCUAUCCCUUCGCUCCCCAAUAUCCACCCGGUACUGGCAUCCCACUGUAUCCAGGUGGAACCUAUCCUUGGUCACCUGGUCAAGGAACUCAAAGCUUUGGCACACCCGGUUUUGGCACUCCUGGCAUUGGAGCGGGUGGCAUCUACCCGGGAAUUGGAGCCGCUCCAGGCAUAGUUCAGCCUACACCGGGAACUGUCCCAGUCACUGCUCCUACCCAUCCACCCACAACUCCCACUCAGGCACCCACGACACCUAGCACGACUCCCAGUCCUACCACUCCCUCCCCGGUCACAAACGCACCCUCGCUCAGCUCUCCGAGUGCGGGCCAAAGCGUUUGCGGAGUUGGCCGUCAUUAUCCCGUGCGAUACACCGAGAGCGGAGACGACGUUGAAUCUGUCCAAAGAAUCGAGGGCGAGCAUCCCUUGCGAGUAGUGAAUGGAUGGCCUGCCGACAAGAACGAAUGGCCUUGGAUCGCUGCUCUUCUGCUUCGGGGUCGUCAGUUCUGCGGCGGAUCCCUCAUUGAUUCCACUCACAUUUUGACUGCGGCUCAUUGCGUUGCUCAAUUAACCAAGACUGAUGUACAAAAUCUCUCCAUUCGCCUUGGUGAGCACAACAUCCGAACUCGGGGCGAGACUGCUCUUUUCGAAUCGCCAGCGGCUCGGGUAGUUCGCCACGUGGGAUUCAGUUCCGACACCUUGUACGAUGAUAUCGCGAUUAUCACCAUGAAGAAUGCCGUUCCCGUGUCCAUGAAUGAUACGAUUCGUCCCGUGUGCUUGCCCAGCGGACAGAGCCUCUACACUGGACAACUUGGGACCGUGGUGGGAUGGGGCAGUCUCCGAGAAAAUGGCCCUCAGCCCGACGUCCUCCAAGAGUUGACGAUGAAGAUUUGGGAUAACGACCAGUGCGACAAGAUCUACAAAGGUGUCUCUCCCGCGGGUAUUAAGUCGUUCAUGAUGUGUGCGGGCAAGAAGGGCAAGGACUCCUGCAAUGGUGACAGCGGCGGACCUUUCAUGUUGGGUGAGGGCAAUAACUGGGUUCAAGUGGGCGUGGUCUCGUGGGGCAUUGGUUGUGGAAAAGCCGAAUUCCCCGGUGUCUACACCCGUACCACGCAUAUGAGAGAUUGGAUCGAACGGGCUAGAAAUAAGUUCUAGGUCGAAUUCCCAGGAUUUCUAUACGUUUUAGAAUUGAACAUUACCAUUGCUCAUAGACCACCAACAACGACAUUAUUGUAGUAACCUCAUUCAAUAGCUUGAAUUCGCAACACAAAACUAGACUUUUUAACAAGUUAUAACAAAUUGUAUUAGUACUUUCAUCAAUAAUAAUCGUCACUUAUGAUUAUUGUCUUAGCGUUUGUUUUCCAACGAUUGA